AUGGCAGAGACACAAGUAAAAUCAGAAUCAUCAUCUGAUAUUGUUCUAGCAGAAGUGACCAAAGAGAAAAAGCUAUGUUAUGUGAAAGCAUGGGAAGAAAGUGAAAAAACCAAAGCAGAUAACAAAGCUCACAAGCACAUCUCUUCCAUUGCUGCUUGGGAAGACAGCAAAAAGGCAGCUCUAGAAGCUGAGCUCAAAAAAAUUGAGGAACAACUAGAGAGAAAGAAAGCAAGAUAUGGUGAAAUAAUGAGAAACAAGAUAGCAUUAGUUCACAAGGAAGCAGAGGAGAAGAGGGCAAUGAUUGAAGCCAAACGAGGUGAAGAGGUUCUUAAGGUACAGGAAAUGGCUGCUAAAUACCGUGCAACUGGAACCACUCCAAAAAAGACCAUUGGAUGUUUUUGA